AUAAAAAAAUUGUACUUUCCAGGCAGUGGUGCUUUUGAUUUGGAUUCAGAAUGAAACAUUUACUUUCUUUAAUUGGAUUUUUGUGUUUUUCACUUUUUAAUGAAGUUAUCAAGGCCAAUGGACAUGUGUUUCUUUAUCCACCCAUCGUUGUUGCAAAAUAUGGACACUCAGUGACCCUAAACUGCACCACAGAUGUUGUUACUAGGACAUUAUUUAAAUUUGAAAAGUCAGGCAAUGCUUUCCAAAUAAAUGGCACAAACUGGAUUUGCUUAAAUAUGACCAUUGAUCAGUGGGAUAUAAAUCCACACUGUGUUGUCAAUUAUAUUGAUGGUCAAAAUAGCAGCAAUUUCAUUAUCACAGUAUUUGAUUUCCCAGAAAAUAUCAUUUUUGAACCAUUACAUGAAAUGGAAGUGAAUAAAACUUAUAAUCUGACCUGCACUGUCCCGAAUGUUGGUCCUGUGCAGAACUUGACAAUAAAGAUACUGAAAGGCAAUGAAGAGCUUAUUGUACAAGAUUAUCCACAUGACAAUCAGAAAAAACAUCAGAAUAUGACUGUGUCCCACCCCUUCACGCCACAAAUAUCAGAUCACGGGAGAAACCUCUCAUGUUCUGCAGAACUUAACCUCAGUUCUGUUGGUGAAGUUCAUUGUACUAACUCUUCUGUGAACUUGAAAGUUUAUGCUUUUCCAGAAAAUGUGACACUAACUGUUCCAAAAGCAGUAGAAGUGAAUCAGACUACAACUGUGAAAUGCGAGAUUUCCAAUGUACAUCCACCAGAAGAUCUGAAAGUCCAGUUGUUACUUAAUGGUACAGAACUGACAACAACACGUCACACCGUAGGUCACUCUGUUUUGGCAGAGGCUCGCUUUUCCAUUCAGGGAGGUGAACAGUAUUUGAAAUGCAAUGCAACAUUUAGAAAUAUGUCCAUUGAAAAGCAAGAGCAAGUUAUAUCAUAUGUACUGCCAGAGCUUGUCCUUCACUUGCCUAAUGUGUAUGCUGGAUACACGGCAAACAUUAACUGUUCUGUGAUUGUUGCAAAAUCAGAAGGCGUUAACAUAACACUCAAGUGUAAUGGCGAAAUCCUGCCUUUACAAGAUGGUCAGUAUGUUUUCAAAGCAGAAAAGGAAGAUAAUGGAAAAAACUGCACAUGUGAAACUGAAGUGUCAGUAAAUGGACAGAUAAUUAAGAAAACUACACAUGGAAUAAUAAAAGUGAAAUCCAUCCCAGUGAUACUUAUCUGUGGAUUGUGUGGAUGCAUAGGAAUGCUACUUAUUUUUGUUAUUAUCUGCCGUCACUUAAAAAAGCAAAAUAAGCUGGGAAGAUACAAUGUGCUGAAGGCUUUCCUUUCCACGAACAGGACAUAAGGCAACACCAAAGAAGAAAAACAGGAACCAUUGUAAAAUCCAUUCUAACAUUCUGAUUGUGACUUCUUAAAGAUAAGAUGAUAAGACCUGGCUAUGAAGAACACUAAACAAUCUGUAAGAGCAACAUGGAUUUCACUGUAUAACAGUUAUUCCAAGCAAAAAUGUUUGUAGAAUUCAGCAGUGAAGAAAGGUGCCAAUAAAGCAACCAACAAAGUUACUGCAAAACAAAAAACAAAAAAAAAAAAACAGGAAUCAUGACUGAAGGAGAUACCCAACCUCAUUCACCUCAACAAUGACCUUAAUAAUCCAGCAUCUGUGUAAAAUGUCCUAGCAGUUUAAUGACUUGCAAGCUCAUCUUGCAACACAGCAAAUCCAAAUACAUAAAGAGGGUUAAUUACAUAGGCAUGCAGCAACAAGAGGAAGAAACCUAGGUCGAGUUCUCACCAACUAUAUCUAACACACUGAAGACUAUGGACACAGAUCCCAAUGACAUAAUAUGCAUUUAUAUAUCCUUUCAUAAAAAGAAAGUAAUCUCUUAACCUAUUUGCUCCUUGAAAACCCUGAAUGGUACCUCAGUAUUUCUCCGCAAUGCUAUUGCAAAAAGAUGACAGAUCUAGAAAGACUCAAAAGUGGCACAACGUGCUCCCAACUCAACUAUAAGGUAUUUGUCCUUCAUAGAAAAUCCCAAAUUCCUACCACAUAUAUUGUCCAAUCCUUCUGUAAUUGUCAAAAGUAACUGGCUUUGUUGGAGUGAUGAAAGUAGCCCAUGCGAGGAAAGCCUAUGUACUCUUAAUGACAUCUAAAAAAAGGCUUACUUAAGUAUCCACUGCAAGCUACAACAAAAUACUUUUUUUCCAUCUAGACCAAAAGAUUUUUAACAGACUGGAUGAUAAUGUAAGUCUUUUUUUUCCUAAUAAUUUUUAUUAAAGUUUUAAAACAAACAUGAACAAUAUCAAAUACUUAAUAAUAAUGAAAAGUUACAAAUGUAUCAAACUGAAUAGAACAUGAAUUAGUUUCUUAUCUUGUAAAGAUAACAAAACAACUAUUUACAGAAGGUGUCUACUAAUAUACAAUUAAGCAUAUAUAUGUGAUUCAAUUAAUAUCAUAUGUCAAGCAUUGCUUGUUUAAGAGGUCAUUCAGUCUUUUCCAUGCAUUAUAAGAGGAUGUGAUUCUUAUGGCUUUUGUUUUCAUUGUGAUAACUUCCAGCUGGCAAACUUCAGUAGCAGUAUUCUUGAAUUCCUUAAAGGAGGGUAUUAUGUCACUCCUCCACUUUCUUAUUAUUAUUUUCCUUGCAAUUGACAUUACGCUCCAUAAAAUUACGUAUUUCACUGUUGUAACACAUUCUGGUAUUGGAGCAUUAGAAAGAACCAAGGAUAAGGUCAGUAUGAACUUGUCAGAGAAUAAGGCCUGUAAAAAAUUAUUAAUUUCUUCCCAAUAUAUUUUGAUUUUAACACAUUCAUAAAAUGUAUGUUCCCAAUCAGCUUGCCCAUCUAGUUUACACCUCCAACAAAUAAUUCUAGAUUUGGAAAUAAUUUCUAAUUCAUGAGGUAUAUAAAAUAAUCUAUGCAUAUAUUUCCAUGAUAACAUUUUCCAUUUCAGUGAAGAAUGUAGUAUGUUUAGAUGAUCUUACAAGUAUAUAAUAUACUGUUAUUAUUUAUAAUUUCUUGUGUGAAAAUCAUUAAAAGUUCAAUAAAACUUUGGGAUUUUUUUUAA